AUAAGCAGACUUCUGACCACAUUGCAUUGAUCAUAGAAGAGGAUCCAGACAAAAAGAAGAAGGAUAAGACAUUGAAAAGGAAACAGAAAGAAACUCCAAACCUAGCAACACUGCAGAUUUAUGAAGGAGACUUGGAGAGCGAAUUUAAUAACUUUGAGGACUGGGUGAAAACUUUCCAGCUCUUAAGAGGAAAAUCUAAUGAUGAAGUUCAUGCUGACUCUGAAGACAGAAUAAUAGGAAAAUUUAAGGGCUCCUUCUGCAUAUACCCAAGUCCUGAGGAUGGCAGCUUGCUGGACAGAGGGCAGCCCCGCAUCCUGCAAGGGAUACCACCAAACCACCCCGUCAAAGUCCUCAUCAGGGUUUAUAUUGUGGCAGCGUUUAACCUCAGCCCAGCUGACCCAGAUGGCAAGUCAGAUCCCUACAUUGUGCUGAGAUUGGGCAACACGGAAAUUAAAGACAGGGAAAACUACAUCCCCAAGCAGCUAAACCCAGUAUUUGGAAGAUCAUUUGAAAUCCAAGCCACAUUCCCCAAGGAUUCCUCGCUCACAGUCCUGAUCUAUGACCAUGACUUCGUGGGAACAGAUGAUCUCAUUGGAGAGACUAAAAUUGAUUUGGAAAAUCGUUUCUACAGCAGGCAUCGAGCUACCUGUGGGUUACAAAGUCAAUAUGAAAUAGAUGGGUACAAUGCGUGGCGCGAUGCAACCAAGCCAAGCGAGAUCCUCACUAAGCUGUGUAAGGACUACGGAAUAAAUGGACCCUUCAUGCGGCCAGGGGAGCUACAAGUAGGAACAAAAGUCUUUAAGGGACAGACAGUCUUCACAGAAGAUGAGAACGGUAAUGAAGAGCCAGUUGAAUCGUACGAACAUCUCUCCUUAAAGGUUUUACAUGCUUGGGAAGAAAUCCCUGGAGCUGGACACAAACUGGUCCCAGAGCACAUUGAGACUCGGCCUCUCUACCAUAAGGAUAAGCCAGGCAUGGAACAGGGUCGUGUACAGAUGUGGGUUGACAUGUUUCCUAAUGAUAUGCCUCUGCCAGGACCCCCAGUGGACAUUUCACCAAGAAAACCCAAAGGCUAUGAACUGAGGGUAAUAAUCUGGAAUACAGAGGAUGUAAUUCUAGAAGAUGAAAAUAUCUUUACAGGGCAAAAAUCAAGUGAUAUCUAUGUAAAAGGGUGGAUAAAGGGCCUGGAAGAGGACAAGCAGGAGACAGAUGUACAUUACAACUCCUUGACAGGAGAGGGCAACUUCAACUGGCGCUUUGUGUUCCCGUUCUACUAUCUCCCAGCAGAGAAACAAAUGGUGGUUAGUAAAAGAGAAAACAUAUUUUCCUUGGAAAAGACAGAGCGCAAAGUACCGGCUGAACUGGUGCUUCAGGUGUGGGACUUUGAAAGACUCUCUUCAGAUGAUUUCUUGGGCACUCUUGAAUUGAACCUGAAUGGGUUCCCCCGAGCAGCAAAGACAGCCAAGAGCUGUGACCUAGGCAUGGUUGUGGCAGCAAGUGAAGAAAACAAGAUCUCCAUAUUUCAGCAGAAGCGUGUCAGAGGCUGGUGGCCUUUCAUCAAGGCUGGGGAGCUCACGGGCAAAGUGGAAGCUGAGUUUCACUUAGUCACAGCAGAAGAAGCUGAGAAGAAUCCAGUAGGCAAAGCUCGAAAGGAGCCUGAGCCCUUGGAAAAACCUAACCGACCAGACACAUCCUUCUCUUGGUUUGUAAAUCCUUUCAAGUGUUUGUAUCACCUGAUCUGGAGAAAUUACAAGAAGUACAUCAUCAUCGGCAUAAUUCUGCUUAUUCUCAUUGUCUUCCUGGUACUUUUCAUCUACACGCUGCCAGGUGCGAUCAGUCAUAGGAUAGUUGUAGGAUGAGUAUAGGUUAUGGCUCUCAUUGUAAGCAAUCAUAUACAAACACUUC